AUGUCUAAGUUGAUCACUAUUUUCGGUGCCACCGGCAACCAGGGCGGUUCCGUUAUCGACGCCAUUCUCGCCGAUACCCAGCUAUCGAAGGAAUUCAAGAUCCGGGGUAUCACCCGUGACACCAGCAAGAAAUCGGCACAGGAUCUGGCCAAGCGCGGUGUUGAUGUCGUUUCGGCCGAUCUUGGGUCCGUCGACUCUCUCACCGCGGCGCUUAAGGGAUCUCACACAGUGUUUCUUGUCACCAACUAUUGGGAGACUAUGAACGCCGAUGUCGAGUACUCCCAAGGCAAGAAUGUCGCCGAUGUCUCCAAGGCCGUUGGUGUUUCCCACCUGAUCUUCUCAUCUCUCCACCAUGUUACGGAGGCAACCAAUGGCCGCCUCACCCACGUUCCUCAUUUCGAUAGCAAGGCCAAUAUCGAGAAGUAUAUUCGUGUUUCGGGAGUUGGAUGCAGCUUUGUCCUUCCGGGUUACUACAUGAGCAACUUCACCCAGAUGCUCAACCGUGCUGAGGAUGGGUCGUACCAGCUCUUCUACCCUGUUGGAAAGCAAGCUCAGUUCCCUCUCUUUGAUGCUGCCCAGGAUACAGGCCUCUUCGUGAGAGCUGUCCUCAAGCACCGCAACCAACUGAAGAACAAUCGUAUUUUGGCCGCCGAUAAGUAUUACAGCCCCGAGGAGAUCGUGGAUACCUUCUCUAAGGUGACCGGCAAGAAGGCUGUCUUUAUCCAAGUCUCUUCCGAGCGAUACAAGGCCUCUCUGCCUCCUGCUAUCGCCGACGAGUACCUCGAGAAUCAGCUGUUUGUGGAGAACCCUGGCUACUACCUCGGGGAGUCCCUCGAUUCUAGCCUGAACCUUCUCGAUGCUAAGCCCACCACCUGGGAGGAGUUUGUCAAAAAGAACAUUUCCGCUUGGGAAUAG